CAGGCUCCGAAUAUUCUUCAAAAAGAAAACAAAGAAUGGCCUUCUCAGCCACCAUAGUUGCAACUCUUACGUCAUCAUCAGAACAGGGCGUUCAACAAACCACCGUUUCAAUUUAAAAAACUUUUUGUUGGGGCUGAACACAGGCCAGGAAACAUGAAUGAGAAUUUCAAAAUAAAAGACAUGAAUCAAUAACCAAACGUGACACUAUUCACUGUAAACUGACCGUAUCGGAUUAGAUCCAAAUUUGAACUAAAUUGAGCUGUAUGAUGGCACUAUUGUCUUUUGUAGAGCUGCUUUAUAGCUGAGUCAGAUGUUUCAUAAUUGGCAAACUUCACACAGUGAACUGACUUGAGCUGAAUAACAAAUUGUAUACGUAUGCUUAUUGCUGAAUUUGAAUUUGUCUAAUUUUUGAUGGUUUGCAUCACUGAUUCUUUUAUUUUCCUGUUUAUUGCUGAUAAGCUGACUUUUGAUCGAUCAGAGUCGAUUAAAUAAAUGUAAAAUGGACUAAAAUGAAUGCAUGAAAAAAUAAUGAAAAACAACUACAAAUAAGUAUGCAAUGUACAGCAAUGUUUUCAGGAAGCACACUAAUUAUGAGCUAUCCAUCACUGUUUAAUAUAGUGAUGCCAUGUAAAUUAGGCCUGUAAUCCAGCGUUCCCAGUGUUUUUUGUGUGCUGUAGGAGCAAACAGUGCACCUGUAGAAACUGAUAGGACUGUAAUUGGAGAUGAUGUGCCACAGGCAACAGAUGCACUGGAGCCAUCGCAGUGGAAUAGCGCUUGCACAGUCAAACUAGGUGCUUUAGCAACUUUUUUACAAUCAUUUUGACAGUCCAGUCUGUUGUAGACAAAUCGCUUUUUAAUGAGAACUUUUCAAUGAGGAGUGUGAUCAGACCAAUAUUUCUGCAUGAAGCAGAGAUCAUAACCAUCUGAAGAUGACACCAGCAGCAUUUUUUCUACAUGUAAUUUUUCUUGGGAUUGGACUCCAAUGUGUCCAGAUGAGAUUAUACACAAACCGUUGGGCGGUUAAAAUAACUGGAGGUCCUAAUGCUGCUGAUCUUAUUGCAGACAAAUACGGAUUUGUGAAUAUGGGCCAGAUAGGUGGGCUAGUGGACCAUUACCAGUUCCAGCACAGAGAAACCAUCAAAAGGUCCACUAUUAAAAGCAGAGGGAACCACAGUCUCAUCACCACGGAGACCAAGGUGGAGUGGAUCCAGCAACAGAUGGUUCAGAAGAGAGUAAAAAGAACUGACACAAUGGACCAAACCCAAGCCAUCACCUUCAAUGAUGCCAAGUGGGACAACAUGUGGUAUAUUCACUGUGAUCACAACUGCUUGACUGACAUGAACAUCCAGGCCGCCUGGCGCAGGGGCUACACUGGGAAAGGGGUCGUGGUCUCCAUACUGGACGAUGGUAUAGAAAGACAGCAUCCAGAUCUUAAACAAAACUAUGAUGCACGGGCCAGCUAUGAUGUUAACGGCAAUGAUCCAGAUCCAACACCACGUUAUGAUGCCACCAAUGAAAACAAACAUGGAACAAGAUGUGCUGGUGUGGUGGCUGCCUCUGCUAACAAUUCUCUCUGCAUUGUCGGAGUUGCCUACAAUGCAAAAAUUGGUGGUGUGCGUAUGUUGGAUGGCGAUAUGACUGAUAUGGUGGAAGCCCAGUCACUGAGUCUGAGGCAGCAGUAUAUUGAUAUCUACAGCUCCAGCUGGGGUCCAGAUGAUGAUGGCAGAACAGUAGAUGGCCCCGGCCCUCUUGCCAGGCUCGCUCUGGAGAGUGGCAUACGCAAAGGCAGAAAGGGCCGUGGCUCCAUUUUUGUGUGGGCAUCAGGAAAUGGUGGGCAGAGUCAAGACCACUGCUCAUGUGACGGUUACACCAACAGUAUUUACACCAUCUCAGUAGGCAGCACCACUCAGAAAGGACAAAAGCCGUGGUACCUGGAGGAGUGCUCCUCUACUCUGUCCACCACCUACAGUAGUGGAGACAGCCACAGCCUGGGCGUUGUGACAACCGAUCUGAGGCAGCGUUGCACUGAUGAGCACUCUGGCACUUCAGCAUCAGCCCCCAUGGCUGCAGGAAUCAUCGCCCUCACGUUGGAGGCAAAUCCAGCUCUGACCUGGAGGGAUGUUCAGCACAUCAUAGUGAAAACUUCACGUCGUGGUCACCUGAGCGCCUCAGACUGGCAGAGCAAUGGAGCUGGAUAUGAUGUUAGUCACCUUUAUGGGUUUGGCUUGAUGGAUGCUGAAGCCAUGGUGAAGGAAGCGGAGACCUGGAAGCAGGUGCCCCCUCAACACAUAUGUGAGCAAAACAUAGUCCAGAAUGGAAGGAUCAUAAGUCCAGAGAGGGUGUUGAGGUCAGUGUUCAAGUCCUCAGGCUGCUCUUCUCAACGUCUGCAGAGGGUAGUUUAUCUGGAGCACGUUAUUGUACGUGUCACAAUCACACAUCCUCACCGGGGAGAACUGUCAAUCACACUGACAUCACCCUCUGGAACCAGAUCUCAGCUUCUUUCUAACAGACCAAAUGACCACUCCAGUGAGGGCUUCCUUAAGUGGGAAUUCAUGACGACUCACUGCUGGGGCGAAAAACCAGCAGGAGACUGGAUCCUGGACAUCAGAGACACCCCAUCUCCGCGCAGAAACAGCCGACUCCAAGGGAAACUGGUAGAAUGGUCCCUGGUGCUUUAUGGAACAUCCACACACCCAUACAUAAGACAUGAACAGCCCCGCUCUGCCCAGCUGCCUUCUCAAGAUGACACCACAGAGGAGUAUAAUGGCUCUUGUGACCCCGAAUGUAGUGAGGAUGGCUGUGAAGGACCUGGAUCCCACCAGUGUGUUUCCUGCUUGCACUUUUUCCUAAAGUUCAAAAAUAACACACGGACCUGUGUGUCUGAGUGCCCAGGCGGGUACUGGGGGGAUAAGAAAAGGUGUAAGAAGUGUUACUCCUUCUGUAAGUCGUGUUUAGGCAGCCGCAGUGAUCAGUGCACAGCCUGUAGGUCUGGAUACUAUCUGAAUGAGGAAAAGAACAACUGUGUGACCAGCUGUGAGGAUGGCUACUAUCUUCACCACGAGGAAAACGUGUGUAGGAAGUGUAAUAUUGAGAACUGUAUGAAAUGCACCUCAGCCUCCAUUUGCACAGAGUGUUCUGAGGGCACAAGUCUUGUGGGCAACAGAUGCCAGAAGAGUUGCGAGGUGGGCUAUUACUACAGCAAGGCGGAUGACUCAUGUGAGCCCUGCCACCCAGCUUGUGCUACAUGCAGAGCUGCAGGUCUAGAGUUAUGUAAUCGCUGUGCUGAAGGCUACCUGAUGGAGAACUGGAGAUGUGUGUCCUCCUGCAGUCAAGGUUACUACGCUGUACAACCAAACUCUGACAGCACAGACACUCAGAGCACCUGUGAGAGGUGUGAUGUGAGCUGUCUGGCCUGUGUCGGGCCGGGUAAAGGAAACUGCAGUGAGUGUGUAGAUGGACACACACUUCAGGGUGGCGUGUGUGUUCUCAGCCAUAACUGUGUUGAUGGGGAAUAUCAGGAUGAGAGUGGACAGUGUCAGUCAUGUGAUGUGUCCUGUCAUAAAUGUAAAGGUCCAAAGAGUGAGGACUGUCUCAGCUGCUCCAACACACAAUGGCUGGAUGAGGGACGUUGUGUGGUCAGCUGCUCAAAUGGGAAAUAUCCGUCCAGUGGACAGUGCCACCUCUGUGACCACACCUGUGCCCAGUGCCUUGAUGCUGGUCCUGCUAACUGUACCAGCUGUGAUACAGAUAAGUUUGGGAUGGACCGGCACCUGUAUAAUGGCGAGUGUGUGGAUGCGUGUCCUCAGGCUCAUUUCCACACAAAGUUGAAGGCAUGUGAGCCAUGUCCUUCACACUGCAAACUCUGCUCCUCAGCCACACACUGCAUCAGGUGUGAUGACUCCUUCUACCUCAAUGAUGGUCUCUGUAAUAAACUGGGGUGUGGUGAAGGGGAGGUUGAAGACCCAGAAUAUGAUGACUGCAUGUCAUGUGAAGAGGGAUGUAAUAAGUGUGUUCUCUAUAAUCCCAAACACUGUCUGUCCUGCAUUGAUGGAUAUUACAAGUUUGAGGAUGGCUGCUAUAAGAUCUGUCCUGCUAAGACAUACACAGUGGAGGAGACCAUGAGCUGUGUGUCCUGUGAACAUGAUUGUGUCAGCUGUGAUGAAGAUGAGUGCCACUGGUGUGAAGCUGACCUCUUCCUGUCAGAUGGGAAGUGUGUGCAGGAAUGUCCCGAUGGUUUCUACGGUGAUGAAGAUUCUCAGGAGUGUGAGGAAUGUAACUCAGAAUGCAGUUCAUGUAAUGGGCCGGAGAACAGUGACUGUGACAGCUGCGUUGAUGGACUGACGCUUGAUAAUGGAGCUUGUGUGUCUGAACAGGAUGUCUGCCCUCCUCAAAUGUACCUCACUGAUGAUGGGGAAUGUGAGGCCUGUCACUCUUCUUGCGAAUCCUGCUUUGGGAGAAUGAAGACUCAAUGCAGCACAUGUGUCAAAGGUCUAUAUCUGACUGCAGAUCAGAUGUGUGUGGCACGAUGCCCGACGGGCAGAUUUGGCAGCAAGGAAAGUGGGAACUGCGAGAAUUGUCCACAAGGUUGUGCCCAGUGCCAGGACGAGCAGCUCUGCACACGCUGCCAGUCAGCACGUAAAAGCCCUCUUUAUUUGCAGGCUGGCCAAUGUGUGCGCAAGUGCACUAGAGGCUACCCUGUGGGUCAGGUGUGUAAGAGCUGUACAUCUGGUUGUACGUCCUGUGAGAAGAAUGCAUCACAUUGUCUGAGCUGUGAAGAGACGCUGCUACUACACAAACAUGAGUGUGUGGAGAGCUGUCCGUCUGGACACACGGUGAGGAACAGGGAGUGUGUGCAGUGUCCAGAGAGCUGUGUUAUUUGCUCUGAGGACAGCUGUACAGAGUGUAAGGAAGACUUCUUCCUGCAUCAGGGCCAGUGUAUAGUGGCGUGUCCUGAUGGAUUUUUUGAGGACAUGGAUCAAGGCGUUUGUAAACGUUGCCACACGGAUUGUUUGUUAUGUGAUGGACCUGAAUCGACCAACUGUAAUGCAUGUUUUGAACGUGACAGCACACUGCACAACGGAGCAUGUCUUGCCCCCUGUCCCUCACAUACUUACAGAGAAAGCAGGUCCAGAGAGUGCAUGGUCUGUGAUAGUUCCUGUCUAACCUGUUCUGGACCUCACGACACAUCCUGCACUAGCUGCUUUGAGGGCGUGACGAUGGAUACCCACGGGCGCUGCGCCACACCCACCGACUGCCCCUCACACCACUACAGCAACCAGGAUGGAGAAUGUCACUUGUGUCACAAAUAUUGCCAUGAGUGCACUGGCCCACAUCAGGACAAUUGCCUCAGCUGCAACCAGAACCACUAUCUACUCAAUGGCAGCUGUGUGAAUGUGUGUCCGGAUGAAUUCUUCAGGGGGGAAACACAGCGAUGUGAACCCUGUCAUCCUAACUGCCUCGAUUGCAUGGGGCGGCACAGUCACGAGUGCCUGAGCUGCAGAGAUCACCUUUACAGAGACGUCAAAGAAUGUGUGGACACAUGCCGCUCUGGUUACUAUGCCUCAGCUGGCUCUAGGACAUGUGAGCGGUGUGAUGAGAGCUGUGGAGAGUGUCUUCAGGCUGGAGCCGAGGGGUGUAUGAGCUGCAAAGAGGGGAUGCUGUUUAUCAGAAAACAGGGACGCUGUGUGUACUCCUGUCCUGAUGAAUACUACCACGACACUCACCACAAAACAUGCGAGGCAUGCCACCCCACCUGCAGAACAUGCACAGGCAAAAGUGUUGAGGAUUGUGAGUCAUGUCACCCAGGUUAUGCACUCACACAGGGUGCUUGCGAGUCGCCCUGCAUCACAGGACAAUACGCUAAGUCUGAGGAGCAGGGCUAUAACUGUGAAUCAUGUGAUGAAUCCUGUUUGGAAUGUAAAGGUCCUGGGCAUUAUAACUGCACCAUCUGUCCGGCACAGUUGAUCCUGACAGCAGAGGGGCGCUGUCUGCCCUGCUGCACCAACACAGAACAGGAAGACACAGCCCCAGUUCAGCAAGAGUGCUGUAACUGUACUGAAACUAGAGGUGAGUGUGUCCUUAGAUUUCGAAACCAUGAGGAAGAAGAGUACACAGGAAACCUGCCACUCUUUAUCACCACCUCUAUCCUGCUUGUUUUUGCCUCAAUCUCCGUAAUCAUCCUCAUUAAGCGUUCUCUUUCCAAACGACCCAUGCCAAAGACCCCUAUCCCACGUGGGUAUGAAAAACUGGGCCAUGGUGGCGGCAAAGACGGCUUCUACACAUCAUCAUCAACCUCUGCCUACGGAGGUCAAGCAAGCUCUAGCUCUGGACUUUUCCGUGAGUCACAGCUAGUGGAUCUUGGAGAUCAGAAGGGGACUCGGGAUGAUGACGAUGAAGAUGAUGAAGAUGAAGAUAUUGUGUACAUGGGGCAGGACGGCACUGUUUAUCGCAAAUUCAGAUACGGGCAACUGGGAGAUGAGCAGGAAGAUGAGUUAGAAUAUGACGAUGAGAGCUACAACUACCGAUAACACCUUCAUCUGUUUUAACAAAACUGAAAAUUUACUGAAAAUUGUCACUUAGCAUGCAAAAGCAACGUUGUGUUUGAAAAUUAUAUUAAAAAAAUUCUGAAGAGUUCUGCAGAACUCAAAUGUGAAUAGUAAUAUAUUGUUUAGGAUGACAUAAUGGCAAUCACAAAUUGUAGUUUAAAGCCCCCCUUUAGUCAAUACUUUUAUCCCUUAAAACUCAUAUUUGAUCACCAAAAUUACAGAUUUAAAUUUUUUUUCCCUUUAAAGAAUGGCUGA